AUGGACACUAUUGAUGUAUCCAACUUAAACAGGCAGUUCUUGUUUCGACCUAAAGAUGUUGGGCGUCCUAAGGCAGAAGUCGCUGCUGAGUUUCUCAAUAGUCGCAUUCCCAAUUGUGCUGUUGUACCACAUUAUAAAAAGAUUCAGGACCUGGAUGAAAGUUUCUAUAGACGUAAGUUGUCAUGCCCUAUUAUGAAAAUAGCAAUUCCUGUUUUGCCAAAAUUUCAUAUAAUUGUAUGUGGUUUGGAUUCAAUUAUUGCAAGAAGAUGGAUAAAUGGCAUGUUGAUUUCCCUUUUAAACUAUGAAGAUGGGGUGAUAGAUCCAAGUUCUAUUAUACCUUUGAUUGAUGGAGGAACAGAAGGUUUUAAAGGAAACGCACGUGUGAUUAUUCCAGGCAUGACAGCUUGUAUUGAAUGUACACUUGAACUUUAUCCACCACAGGAAAUAAAGGUUCUCAAAGAAGAUCUAGCAACUAGAUUGAACAGCAAUGAAACAGCAGAAUUACUAAAGGAGAAAGAUGAACAAAUUAAAGGAUUACUAGAAGAAGGAGAAAAACUUUCAAAGCAGCAGUUACAAAAUUCUAACAUUAUUAAGAAAUUAAGAGCCAAGGAGAAAGAAAGAGAAAAUACCAAUACAAAGCAGAAUAAGAAAAUUAAGGAAUUAGAAGACGAGUUGCAACAUCUGAAACAGGUCUUGGAUGGCAAAGAAGAAAUUGAAAAACAACAUAGAGAGAACAUCAAGCAGCUAAAUAGUGUUGUUGAAUGCCAAGUGAAGGAUCUUAGGCGACUUCAAGUAGAUCUUGAAGAUCUUGAAGAAAAAAACAGAAGUGCACAAGCAGCUCUUGAUAAUGCAUACAAAGAACUUGCAGAUCUUCAUAAAACUAAUGCUGCAAAAGACUGUGAAGCACAAGAAGCAGCAUUAAGUCAUGAAAUUAAAGUUAAGGAGGAACUAGGUUUAAUUCUGGAAAAGGCCCAGGAGGAGGCUUAUCAACAACAAGAAGCUUUAGCAAUUCAGGUAACAGACUUGAGAAUUGCAUUGCAACGUGCAGAACAACAAGCAGCUAGAAAGGAGGAUUAUUUACGCCAGGAAAUUAGUGACCUUCAGCAGAGACUUCAAGAAGCUGAGACUCGCAAUCAAGAACUCAGUCAAAGUGUUACAUCUGCAACUAGGCCUUUGCUCCGGCAGAUAGAAAACCUGCAAGCUACUCUGGGAGCACAGACCUUGUCAUGGGAAAAACUAGAGAAAAAUCUUUCUGAGAGACUUGGGGAAUCUCAAGCUGCCUUAGCAGCACAGACUGAAAGAGAACGUGCUGCUACAGAAGAACUUCUUUCCAACAAGAUCCAACUUUCUUCCACUGAAUCACAAAAUAGUCUCCUGAGGCAAGAAAACAGUCGCCUUCAAGCUCAACUCGAAGCAGAAAAAUCCAGGCUAAAGAAACUAGAAAAUGAAAACAAUAGGUAUGAAGUUGAGCUAGAAAAUCUUAAAGAAGAAUAUGUAAAAGUUGUUGAAGGGGCAAAGAAAGAAAAGAUGUUGUUAUCUACUCAGUUAGAAAUGGAAAAAAUGAAAGUUGAACAAGAAAAAAAGAAAACAAUAUUUGUCCAAGAAUCUGCAAGAGAAAAGGAGCGUAAAUUAUACAUUUCAUCAACAAUGGAAACUUUGUCCAGCACCCCAACUCUCUCACGAUCAAGCUCCAUAAGUGGAGUUGAUAUGGCAGGACUCCAAACCUCCUUCAUAUGUCAGGAUGACCAGUAUGACCAUUCCUUUGGUUCAGUGUCUGCAAGUGGGACCAAUCUGUAUGACGUAAUGAGAAUGGGAGCAGGUUCAAGUAUUAUAGAAAAUCUUCAGUCACAAUUAAAGUUACGGGAUGGAGAGAUUUCUCAUCUCCAGUUGGAAAUUGGAAAUCUUGAAAGAACUCGAUCAGUUAUGGCUGAAGAACUGGUGAAAUUAACAAAUCAAAAUGAUGACUUAGAAGAAAAAAUUAAGGAGAUCCCCAAGUUACGUGCACAAUUAAGGGAUUUGGAUCAAAGAUACAAUACCAUUCUGCAGAUGUAUGGAGAGAAAGCAGAAGCAGCAGAAGAAUUGAGAUUGGACCUUGAGGAUGUAAAAAAUAUGUACAAGACUCAGAUUGAUGAACUUCUGAAGCAAAGGCAUAGCUAAUUAUUGUUCAGGUUUUGAUCUAAAAAAAUGUUGCAUUAAAUUGUAGAGCUGUUUCUGUAAAUGUAGUUAAUUUGUAAAAAAAAUGUACUAUAAAGUGAUUAUAAUGUUGAGUUGAUGUGAUGGCAGGAAUCAUUGUGCUUUUAUGAUGACCGGCUAUCAGCCAUUAAAUUAUUUGUUAAUAUUUAAAA